AUGAUUACAACUACUUCAGCAUCAUAUGUUCGAGAUGUCAGUGAAAUACCGAACUUGAAACCUCCACAAGAAACUUUUGUUGAUGAUCCAAAUAGUUUAGACGAUAUUAAUUUAGAAGAGUUGUUGUUUGAUUUGAAACAUAAUAUUAAAACUCUCAGCAGUUUACAUAUUUAUCAUUCAAUAUUCAUCUUGUCCAAAAUAAUACAAUUUACAAUAAAAUUACUGGAAUCUCCUGAAUUGUUUCUUAAGUUUAGAUUUCAACAAUUGGAUAAAUUGGGAAUAAGUCAAGAAGAUAUUUUAAACCGAACUACUAGUUCUGAAUCCAUCAUUAGUGAUUACAGUUUUAGGUCUAACUCCCCUCCACCUCAACUUCCACUGCGUGCCGUGUCUCCUCAACCGCAAUUGAAAUUGUCAACUUUAUUAAGCAAAAGUGAAUUCAAUAUAGAUGUUGAAUCCUUGGCAGCAACAACUAAGAAUGAGAGCAAUUUAGACGCGAUGAAUUCACCAACCCUUUUGGCCAGAAUAAAUUCACCUUCAGGACAAUUUGAAUCCUUGUAUGAUGACAACAUUGAUGACAUUAUAUAUGACGAUAAUGACGAUGAAAUUGAAUGGUUGGGUAAUCCUAUAUAUCCUCCACUUCAAAAAUUACUUGACACUACAGAUUUAUCCAAACAAGUAUCACCAAUAACUGAUUUGAAUUUAACAAAGUUGAAAGAUGAGAUUUUGAAUCAUCAACCAAAGAAUCGACAUUUAUUAAAAAUUUUCAACUUGUUAAAAACACCUGCUUUAUCUAUUGAUCAAUUUUUAAUUAGAAUUAAGACAUAUUCUUCAAAUAUUUCUUCUAGUUCGUAUUUGCAUUCGGCUUUCUUGUUGUACAAAUUGGUUAUUUAUUUGAACAAUAUUGACCUAAAUCUUAAUAAUAGCUAUAGAUUCAUUGUUGCUUCCAUAAGAUGUUCCACAAAAGUCAUUGAAGACGUUUAUCAAAAACAACGUAUUUUUAGUAAUGUUGUUGGUGUUACAUUAAAGGAUUUGCUUAAAAUAGAGAUGGGUUUUCUAUAUUUGACUAAUUUCAAUUUAAUUAUAAGUGAAGUCAUCUUAAAUCAUUUCAUAUCCAAUGAUUUCAUUGAUUUAUGCUUGUUCAUGAAGGACAAUCUUCCUGAUGCAUACCAAGAAAUAGCCAAAUAG